UCUUGCUGCUGCCAGGUCCAGAGUGUCUCAUGGGUCCCUGUACGGCCUCCCAUUGCUGCUGUCUCCAUCGCCACACUGUGCCAUGUGCCACUUUCAGGUCUCCUAACACUGCUGGUGGGUUCCAUUUUGUCAUAGGGUGCUGGCAGAUUACGGGCCUCCCAUUGCUGCUGCCAGGCCCGUAAUCUGCCAUGGGCCCCCGUACCGCCUCCUCUUGCUGCUGCCAGGUCCAGAGUGUCUCAUGGGUCCCUGUACGGCCUCCCAUUGCUGCUGUCUCCAUCGCAACACUGUGCCAUGUGCCACUUUCAACUGCUGGUGGGUUCCAUUUUGUCA